UACUUCAUUCUACUUAACUUAGACCUGUUGUCCUUGUUCGUGGACACUUGUUUGUGCCAUCUAGUGGUAGUAUGACCACAAUACACCAAUCCAUGUAAAGAGAAGAUGGCAGCCAUCUCUGCCACGUUAGUCUGCAGCCGAUCCCGACACAAAAAUGGAAAAGGUCCAAAACCUGAUCACAUUUUAUGGUUCAAACUUGUUUAUUUAUGAUUAAUAAUGUUUGUAGUUUGAUAUGACAACAAAUUUGACCAAUUUUAGCUAGAGUAAGAAGCUAAGACACUGAAAAUCAGGAAGUAGGCUACUUGUUUGAAGACAUUGGGACUUUACUAUCGUCUUGUUUGAAAACACUGGGUCUUAAUUAUCAUUGACAGUGUGGGUCCUACUGAUCCCAAAUAGCUAGGAGAAAUUAAAAAUGCGAGCCAAACAAAAGCCAUUUCUACAGCAGAUUUCCCUAACACUCAUCAACUGACGACAAAACAAUCUUUAUUGAUAAAUAACACUACAGGUAAGAGGAAAAAUAAAUAUUUUUUAUUUUGUGGUGAAGUGUCCCUUUAAGUAGGCUAUUGCUUGGGUAAAUGAACCUAAUUACUUCAAACCACUACUAUGCAUUUGCAGAUGAGUGGAGCAAGAAACAAAAUGAGAGAUGAAGGACUAUAACUCUACACAGUCUAAAUUCAUUGGUCCCUCUCUGACCUGACCUUUAAGCUCUGUGUUACAGUGGGUCAUAUCUGUCACUGUGACUCCAUUAACUCUGCUUACAUGAUUUUAUGGUCACCAGCUGUGAUACAUUUCCAUCUCCAAAGGCCAAGCUGCAAAGGUUAAUUCAUCCCCUGAAUAAAGAGCAGAGUGUGUGUUAGAGACAGGAGCAGGAUCCAGGCGCACUGGGCAGGGAUAGAGUUUCUCCCGGUAACGGAUCUCUUUGACCGCCAUAGAUUCGGUUUCUCCUCCUCUGUCCCUCACACAUCAAUACUACCUGCAACACUUCACCGAGAGAAACAACAAUUUACCCGGGCAUGAUUCAUUUUUUUCUUUCUCAGACUUUAGAUUAAACUCAUGGUGAUCGCCGAGUGCGCCUGGGGGUCGCUGCCCAGCGUCGUGUUACCUUCCUCGGGGCACCAUGGGCUCGUAAGAUGCCUUCGCUGUGGAAACGGAUAACGUUCUCGGUGGCCUCGGUGCUCUGUGUCGGCUCGGUGGUGCUCUUGGUCGUGGCCCUGUCCACGGAGCGGUGGGUCACCGGACGGAUCCUGUGCAAAACCGGGGCGGAGAUAGUGAACGCGUCCCACCCGGAGCUGGAGCAGUUCAUCGGGGACAUUUACUACGGCUUGUUCCAGGGAGGGAAGACCAAGAAGUGCGGACUGGGCAACAGGCGCUCCAAAAUAUACAUUUUCCCAAAGCUUGUGCGGAAGAUAAAUGGCGGCCUCCACAUGAUGGUUAUCCUCUUCCUGCUGGUGGCUGUGGGCUUUGCGUUGGUCAGUCUGUCUUUCUGCAUUUACAACGCACGCAAGGUUCCCUACCAGAGCAUUAAAGGGCACAAAGGACUCUACCUGUGGAACUUCAUUGCUGCUCUCUUCGGAGCCCUGGGCGUGCUGUGUUUCCUGGCAGCCGUGAGGCACCACAGUCUGACCGAGCUGAUUGCCAAUCAUCGGGAGAACCUCUUUGUACUGGUUGUUCUUGACGACAGUCUGGACUGGUCCUUCUGGCUUGGUGUGGGCAGCAUUGCGACUCACUUUGCCGUCUGUGGAGUGGUUGCCAUGAGCCGGAUCAAAUUGCCCAAACCGGAGAUCAAGAAACCCGAAGAACCCACCAUCUCUGCUCUGGACCUGCUCUACUGAAGGACAACACGAGGAGGAUUUACAUCACUGAUGGCUGACUGGAGGGAACCACAAUGACUGACAGCAGAGUGAAACCAACACUGUGCCAGUGCCCCUCAGUCUUGACACUGUGUAUGAGUGCAAAGAGUGCUGCAUCACAAACUUGCCCUUUGCAUUCUGGACAUCCUGUGCUGCAUAUAUUCUGUUUAAAUCUGUAAAAUGUAAAUACAUCUUUUUUUUUUAAAUUAUAUGUAUAGAAUGUCAUUAACUGAUCUGUGUUUCAGUCACUUUAAGCCCCUUCAUGAAGGACUGAAGUUUUGUACAGUAUUUAUUCUUAAUCCCUGAUUGAAAGUGUACUACUGUGCAUGAGUAAUGAUUUAUUUCACAGAGAGCUGUGGGCUUGUGUGCUAAAUGUAAAGUAUAUGAUCCUCCAUAAACAAAAAUACUUGCUGUAAUGCCUUGAUUUUUAUUUACUUUAUCUUGAUCAUAAAAAGGUCCUCACAUCUGAGAAAUUUAGCUGUUAUGGGGGUGAAAUGAGAACGGUUGGGAAAAGCCAUUUUGCAUUUAUUACAUAUGUUAGAUCGGUUAUAAUCUCCUGGAUAUUAAUAAACUUGUGACGAACAUUUACAGAAAACAUAAAUUAAACAAUUGGAGUACGUGCUUC